AUGGCAAAGCGGGGCAAGCAUCAGGCUUAUCAGGCUUGUAAAUGUAUUGUUUUCUACCACAGACUCAGGCAGUGUCCUCUGAAGGUCAAGUUUGUCACCAACACAACAAAGGAGUCCAAGCAGAUGCUGGUGGACAGAUUGCAGAAGCUGGGGUUUGAUAUCCAACCAGAGGAGGUCUUCACUUCUUUAACUGCGGCAAGAAACUUAGUAGAAGAUCUGAAGGUGCGACCCAUGUUGUUUCUACAGGAUUCAGCACUACCAGACUUUGAAGGUAUUGAUACUACCAAUCCCAAUGCUGUAGUAAUUGGAUUGGCACCAGACAAGUUUAACUACAGACCUCUCAAUUAUGCUUUCAGGCUCCUGCUAGAGGGAGCCCCACUUAUAGCUAUCCACAAGGCCAGAUACUACAAGAAGAGUGACGGCUUGUCUUUAGGACCUGGGCCGUUUGUUACUGGGUUGGAGUACGCUACUGAUGUCACAGCGACAGUCGUGGGGAAACCAGAGACAACAUUUUUCAGAGAGGCAGUGAAAACUUUAGGUUGUGCUCCAGAGGAUGCACUGAUGAUUGGUGAUGUAAGUAUGCUGACUUCAUCAGAUUGUAAUAAAGUCAACUAGUACUACUGCCUUGAGCAACUAUGUUGUAUAUGAACAAGGACGUGGUCCCAAAAGUGAUAUGCAACAAGGUCCCUCUCAUGUUUUACCAAGUAGUAUGUGCUUCAAGUUAAGGAGCUCAAGGAUGUGAACUUGUAAUGAUCACACUUGUAUAUAUGAUACCAACUCACUUAGCAAAUAUAUGUAUCAUAAAAUCCAAAGUCAUGUUGUCCUCAAACUGACAAAGAAAACAUAGACAAAGAAACCUGCCCACAAACAAAUGGCACAGAAAACAUAACCUUCUUGGGUAACUA